AUGGAAAAAAACCUGGCCAAUGUGCAGUCGCAUCAUAGGCGCUAUACUCGACGCCUUGACAAACGCGCUCCACAUUCCUUGCGCAUUUUGGCUUGUAUCUUUUCGGCUUUAGAGUUUGGACUUGGUGCCUUGACACUGUACCAACACACUCCAGACUUUGCCGCCGUCAAACGCGCCGUGGAGAGCUCGUGUCAGCUCAGUUUCACACCUGUGCAUUUACAGCAAAUUUUGUAUCUGCUUCCACGCGCUUACACACUUGAAUGGAAAAAGAAUACGCGCAGAUCACGUUACCAAGCGCAGGAGGUAAGAUUUGACUCGAUCGUUGCUAAACGCCUAAAGCAACAGCUUUUUGUGCUCACACUGCGUAAGCAGCAAUUGCCUGUUCCCGAUGGCAACUGCAAUAGCCUUGAGGCUCGUAUCACACUUUUCAUUAGCAAGAUUAACAUCUUUGUGGAGAAACAUGCAGAAACUAUUACAAAGGAAUUCCCAGACAUGACCGAUGAUGAGCUGAUUAGUGCAAUGAAACAUAUAAAGAUUGAGAAGGCUCCGCUACCUCAAGUUCCAUUGGAUUUACUGACUGAAAAUAUUCCUACUACAACGAUAAUGAAGAAAGAUAACAAUCAAAUAAACAAAAGAGCAGGUGCUAAAGCCAACGUGAAGCUGACUGAGGCACUGGCGAAGCCUAUUCCGCAAGACUUAAAGUCACUACCGGAAUGGCUUAUCAACAAAGUCCGUAAGCAGGAGCUCAGCGACCAGUUGCUUUCGCUAGUGAUGGUCACGAGGAAGUCCAUCUUUCCUAAAGCGUAUUUAUUGCGUAGGCUGGCAGCACAAGCUCCGAUCAAGGACAGGGUCGAAGAGCAGCUAUAUUUGCUAGAAUCGCUGGUACCGGAAUGGCUUACGGUGGUGCUUGAUGACGGCAUCGAAUACAUCAAGAUAUCUACCAGCUGCAAAUACAACGCCAUGAAAAUCUCACUACGUCGCGCCAUGUCGGUCCAAACGUAA